CAUUACUGGUUGUGAUGUCGUGAUGUGAGAUGUGAGCAUAGUCGAAUAUGCAUUCUCCGUUCUGAUUCAGGUCAUUUGCAAUUAUGAGUCUUCUCCCAUUAUUUUUAAUUAUUCAAUACACGAACCUAUAUUAAAAAAUCGAAGUGCACUUUUGAAACGUGACGGACAUAAGCGGUACACUAUAAAUCCACUCAUUAACUUAUAAAAUGGUUGAGGAUCAGGCAAAGGACCACAGCUCUAGAACAAAUGAGAAAGCAAACAAUAAAUUCACAGAAUCAUUAGGACUGACAACCACUAUUGCUCUUGAAACUCUGCAACGUGAUAUUAAGAGAGUUUUGCAAGAGUAUGAAGAAGAAUGCAGAAGAAACAAAAAAUAUAAAGCUUGGCUAAAGGACACUUUACAUCAUCGUAGUCAGUACACAACCUUGUGUUGGACUUCAGCAAUUGCGCUUUUGAUCAAUGCCAUUAUCCUUGUCAUUGAAUUCUUCACAGUCAACGAGACAUGGUACUUUACACUGCCUUACGAAGGACUGACAGUCUGUUGUUUAGUAGUUUUAAAUUUUAUUUUAGUUGUAUCAGAUAACAAAUUACGUCACAAAGAAAUUCCUCAUAGAGUACGAAUACUUCUUGACCAACUAGAAGUUGCAAAACAUUCUUGCCAAUGGGAAUCUGAAAAUUACCCACAUUUAUGCAGUCCAUUAUCUCCCUGUUUAACUUUACAAUGGACAUACCGUGAUGGUCACAUAGUCAACUUGCCAUGGGCAUUAUUGGUUGCUGGAGACAUAAUUGUAAUAAAACCUGGACAACAAGCACCCGGAUACUGUGUCCCCUAUGAUGAUGCAGAUGCACCAGUGCUACAUGUAAGAGAAGUGUACAGUCCUCAAGUUCAUAGUGCAAAUGAAAUAUUUUCAACACCACAGGCACGGGCUCCAUUGAAGAACAAAAUUUACAAACUUCAAGAAACCCCAUAUUUGAUGAAUCUCAGAAUGGCUUUUGAUCAAGCUCUCGACAGACCAGUCACAUAUCAUAAUCGCAAGCGACACCUUUUAAUGAUAUGUUGUAUCGAACAACUCGCCUACCCAGUUCUUUUAGUUAUUUUGUUAAUUGUAAAUUUAUUCCGGUAUUUAUAUUUGUACGAAUACUUUGGCGUUGGUCACUGGAACGAAAUGUUUCUGUUGCAACCAAUUGCCAUUAGCAUUCCCCUACUUCCAUUAGUAUUUCCGAUUUGUUGGAUUUUUCUAAACUGUUUUGGAAUGGCGCGGUUUAAAGCUUUAUUUAAACUUUAUCAGUCUUCGAAAAAACUCCAGUUUGUCGAUCCGUUUGAGGAUACUGAUAUUUCUGGCCCAAGUUAUCCAGAGGUGGUGUACAACUGGAUGGAACUGAAAGAAUAUUUUUUCAAUAUUCUUCUUGGUAAGGAGCACAUGAUGUCCAGAUCUGCGAGUAUCUUACACGUUUUAGGAUCAGUCACGGCAUUAUGUUGCGUGGAUAAAAAAGGAAUUCUUUCAUGGCCUAAUCCAACAGCAGAGAAGGUAUUCUUCCUACGCAAUGCCAAUACUUUGUCUCCAACUUCAAGCACUGGUAGUCUAGAUAAGACUUCUGAACAUCACUGCCAAACUCAUACAGAUGAUUCUAAACAGUAUUCUAAUAAAACAUCUUAUGUUCAACAUGACAUGUCUCAUUCAACAGCUGAAGUUUUGGAUCUUACCCAUGACCAUGCUCUACCAUUUCGUCUACAGUUUGAUGAUCAUGCUUGGAGGCAGCAUUUGAACUCGUUGAAACCGCUAGGUUUAGCGAUUCUACUCAACACAUGUAACAUGCAAACGCAAGAGCAUUAUAUGCAGUUCUGUUGUCAUGUCACUUGCGAAGCUCUGUACAAUGAGAAUCUUGUUCCGGUUACGAACAGACGCUACCAGGAUCACAGUGUAGAAGAUAAAAGUGGGUAUCAGGCAAAAGAUACAAUACAAAGUUCAAGACAAGUGUAUUUAGUGGACGAAUCAGGGAGCCUUGGACAGAUGUGGUGCCUGUGUGAGUUAGCGAAGCAGAUAGGUUUCCAAGACCAGGCACAACAUAUAUUCCAAUUGGAGCAACAAUUGUCCACGUUUAGGCAUGUUCAACCGGAAAUGGUUCGCCGUGACAUAAAGUUCGCAAGGUCCUUAAGCAUUGCAACGAAGUUGAAGUUCCCUUUUCCGCAUAUGGUCGCCGUAGUAGUUAAGGAACGCACUGGAGGCGGUUUACAAUUACUUACACAGGGUACAGCAGACAUAAUUUUGGAUUCGUGUAUUGAGUUUUGGGAUGGUCACGAUCUCUGUCCACUUUCCGCGUCCGAUAGAAAAAAGGUGCAAGACUUUUAUCAAAGGACAAGCUUAACAUCAUACUGCACUGCAUUUGCAUACAGACCAUUAACGCGUGGUAUUAGCAGUAAAAUGUCUAAAAUAUACUUAGAACUUCCUGCAGAUAGCAAACAUUUGUACACACCCCAUAGAAGCCCCACUCCAUUGCCCUGGGACUUUAGAAAUGUUCUUGAUCCCCGAGUGAAAGGCAUACUUGGACAAUUUCAUUCAACUGACUCCUUGUUGUGCAAUGAAAAUAAGGACGACAACAUAAGUGAUGUAGAAAGUUGUUUUGAAAUUCAAUGCAACCAAGUCUUCAUUGGAAUGGUCACAAUGCAGUAUCAAGCACAAACGGAUAUGGUUCAAUUGAUCGAACAAUUGGACAGAGCAUGCAUACGAUUCGUACACUUCAGCAAAGAGAACGAACUGCGGUCUCGGGUGUUCUCGGAGAAGAUGGGUCUGGAAAGCGGAUGGAAUUGUCAUAUUUCGUUGCUCAGUGAAAGAGCUAGGAGACAGCAAUGGCUGGAGAGAUAUCCACACAUGACCCCAUCGUAUAUGUCCGAGAGUCCAGUGGGUUGGUGGGUGAGCCAGGCAGCAGCCAUGUCCUCACCCACUCCCUCGGCCCAAUCUCAUCAGCAUAAUUACUCCUGCAUGGAUGAGGCCAGCCACUUGCUUAAUCGUGUCUCUCCUCGCACCAAUCUGGACACCAGCCGUGCCAUGAGCAUGUCCGCACCGAGUGCCAUAAAUACGGACUUCUCGACCGUCAAGUUCGACGACGAGACCACCGAGUGGAACGACACCGGAUUGUCUCAAGUGAAGAGUGCCAUGAGCCAUAGUCUAAAUCACCUAGUACAAAGGAUCACGAGAACUGGAUCGCCACACUUUUUGGAACAGGAUACGGUGAGAAGCGAGGACAGUGUGCUGGUGCAAAGUGUAGAUUUAGGAUCUGGCCAGGAAGCGUGGCGGUCACUAAGCUGUCUUACGGAUAGCACGGAACAAAGUGCUCCUGUUAAUUUCGACUUAUCCAACAGAGCGAAGCUACCAAGAGGCAUCGACAAAAUUCGACCACACCUGGAACUAAUAGACAACGUUCCCUUACUGGUGUCAUUGUUCACCGACUGCAACACAACGGUCACUAGGGAAAUGCUGCACAUCAUGCAGGAUUAUGGAGAAGUUGUUUGCGUGCUUGGCUCCUCCGCUAACGCAGAGAACAUGCCAAUAUUCAUGCAAGCGGACGCAGGGGUCGCCGUGGAACCGUUGUACCCACAAGUUUGCCAGAGAAUUCCUGUACUAACUCUAACGAGAGAAGACCAAGGCCCAUCUCCGGUCGACAUAAGCAGAGCGUUGAACUCUGUUGCGUGCUCGUUGAGCGUGAAGCGCGAGGAUCCGAUCGCCAUAUUCCAUUUGAUUAUGGAGGCUCGUCAUUACAUGAAGUGCCUCUGGAAUUGCGUGCAAUUCUGGGUCUGUUGCACGGUCACACUCUCCUUCACGCAAGCUCUGUCCAGCUUCCUGCUGCUGCCGCCAUUGUUCUCCGUCGAUCAGGUCUUAUGGUUGAGUUGCUUAAUCAUUCCAAUGCUAUCGAUAUCAAUGAUCGCCACGCCGAAAGACACCACUAUAAUGCAACGUGCCACUGGCAAGAAUCAGUGCACCAUAAACGGACAAAUCGCAUUGUUCGUUCUGUGGUGCUACGGUAGCAAGUUUCUACCCACGAUUAUAACUAUAGUUUUAUCGCAGUGUAUCUCGUUUAUGACACUGUGCCCCAUUUACGCGAACAUGGACGCCAAGUGUCUUUACGUGUACCCCGAGUCCAGGGGUGAGGUGCCAUGGGGUGGCUGGGGUGCCAAACCAAAUGUCGUCUUAGUGGUACAGCAUUUUGCUUUGUCGUUGUUAGUUUUACAUUUAGUAACGAUAUCCGUAGGCUUUGUACAUAGAGAGUACUCUAUUUGGAGGAAACUACCUUUCAACAAUUUCGUGUGGUUCUUAAGUGCAUUUAUAACUCUGUGCGCACAAGCAGCAUUCUCGGGGGCUGUUUUCUGCUCGUUCUGGAAAGAGGAGGGUGAGAAAAUCACGGAUUUUCCGCUUCAUCUUCCUCUGUUCUUCUUGAGUUCUCUGCCCCUUAUUUUUGCCGUUAACGAGUUGAUUAAGUGGCAAGAGAUUAAAGUGAACGUGAGGUAUCAGAAGAGAGCUCGGCUGGAAUUCGGUACGAAGCUCGGUAUGAAUUCGCCGUUUUAGGAAAUUUUAACUAACUGUUAAACGAAGUGAGAAGCCUCGGGCGGUUGAAACAAUCGGACAGAGUUUUAAUCGAACUUAUUACCGCCGCAGUGACACACCGUAUUACACUGGGAACCGAGCAGUGAUUAAUUUAUUUUACGUUUGUCACGAACGCGUGAGAGCUAACCAUUUCGCUGAAGAAUGUGAAUUUCCUUUAGAUAGCGAGAAUGAGGUGUCUAUAAUUACUCGACUAAUUAGGAGAAACGGUUCGGCACUUCGUGGGUGUUUCGAAGGAUCCUCGAUUCGAGGAGUUGAAUGAACUGCGGGAAGUUUUACAGCCUUGCAAGCCAACUGUAUUUAACAAUCGACACGGGAUAACGUUUAAAAAAAAAAAGAAGAAGAAGAACGGUAGAAUUGUUUUUUCGUGAUUCGACAAAUGAAUAUCAAAGUAUUUCUAUUUUUGUAUAAUACGAAUAACAAUAUUUUCUAUUUUAAGGGUCGUGCUGAGAAGCGUUAGCACGUACUGUUUCGAGCUUACAAGCUGUCGCGUACUUAACUAUGAUUUUAGGUUGAUUUUAGAUUAAUUAAGUUGGUGCUAUUCGAUUUUUUCGUCAAAAUUGUUCUACGAGAGAUUCUCUUAGGUGCGAUUCAAGUUAUUUAUACGGAGGAACGAAUUUUAUAUUUUAGAGCGCGUAUAUAUAUUUAUGGGGGACGAGCUACAUAUUUGUAUUUCGAUCAUUUUUAUUUAAUAUUUAUUACAGAGAAAGUAGCAACACUUGCGAAAGAACAUGAAAUGGUUUCAUACUGUUGGCAUUAAUUCAAAUAAGCCGAUCAUUGUUUAUACCGGAUGCGAACGGGUAUAUUGCUACUUUUAACGUUUUGUCGUGUUCCUAUAGAGAAUAAUAAUUGAAUUUUAGAAAAUUAUCUAGCGUCCUGCUUUAACAAGGUUUUUUUUUAGGGAUACUUUCCGACGUUACGUUGCGUGACUAGUAGAGUCGCUAUUUUACAUUUGUAUUUUCACCGAGUGGCUUCGCGAGUCACUGUAACUAUAAUGUAAAUUAACGAUAAAUUAGAUUUUAAAUUAGUCUAUUACAGAGAAGAGAUAUAACGUAACGUUUCGGCGUUUUUUAUUAAUCGUAAAGAUUUGUGAUAGAAUUUUAUCUCCGAUUUUAUUCGAACUGCAUUCAGAGGUUGUACAAUUAUAAAGUGACGUUUUCGUAUCACCUCGGUUCAUCGUAUGUACGUUGUUCAUUUAUACAACCGUAUUUAAACUCGAUGCAGACCACCUACAAUCCGAGCUUAAUUCGGAAAACGAAUGAUAUCGGUUGUAAAAAGAAAAAAAUGACUUCUGCGAAAUUAUCAUUUUACGUCUAUCACCGAUUAUUUUUACGUUCGACUUUCAUAGACGUGAUUGGGUAAUUAAGUUAAGCGUAACUGAUUGUAAAGAAAUUUGAAAGUUCAAAAAUAAAAUUGUCCUUGAUAUUAAUA